AUGGUGGCCUACACUCUUAUGGAACAACCCUUACAGUCUUCAGCUGUACGGAUCGGCCAAGAUUUGAAGAUAUUUGACACCUUGGCAAAAUCUGGUUCAAAGAGCCUCCAAGAGCUGCAGAAAGUGACGAACGCCCAUCCGAUCACCCUUGGGCGUCUACUUAGAUACAUGGCCUCAGUUGGACUCAUCCACGAAACUGGUGUCAACCAAUUCGAAGCUAGCAAGAAAAGCCGGAAUCUGGCAACUCCAGAAGCUGAGAAGAUUGUCACACACUUCUUCGAGAACUGCGGUCCUCUGUUCCAGGAAAUGCCCGCUUUCUUGCGCGCGAACAAAUAUCAGGAUGUUACCGAUGGUAAAAACACAGUAUUCCAACCAGCUUACAACACCGAUUUGGACACGUACACCUGGUUUUCCCAAAACCCACUGCAGAUGGGUGCUCUUAUCAGCUACAUGGCUACGGAGCAAGCCGUCCGGGGGCGCUGGUUGGAUGAGUACCCCAUUCGACCCCAGACGAAAGACUGGAAUCCUGAGUUGCCAGCAUUCGUCGAUGUUGGUGGGAACGUUGGGCAUUACUGCGCGAUGUUCAAGAAACGCUUUCCGGAUAUCCCUGGCCGGAUCAUCUUGCAAGAUUUGCCGGAUACCCUUGCCCAUUCUUUGAAGACACCUGGUGUUGAAGCUAUCGGUCACGACUUCUUCCAGCCUCAGCCCAUUAAAGGUGCCAAGUUUUAUCAUCUAGGGUGGAUUCUCCACAACUGGAACGAUGAUAAAUCGAAGCAGAUCCUACACCAGAUCAAAUCGGCGAUGAGUGCUGAAUCCGUGAUUCUGAUCAACGAUAUGAUAUUGCCAGAAGCGGCGGUUCCGUCUUUUGCCGCUUCCUUGGAUCUGGUGAUGUUGGGUGCCUGUGGCGCACGUGAACGAAUGAGGAAGGAGUGGGACGAAAUACUGGCAGAUGUUGGCUUGGUCGUCAAAGACUGUAUCGUGUACAAUCGUGAACUUUGCCAUGGUAUCAUUGGUGCAACACUGGCUUAG